UAUCUGAUUGUCCAAACCUGCGACAUUAGCUAUAAAUAUGAAAUAUGAAUCCCCUGCCAGCAGACUUUUUUCUAGAAACGAGAAAGAGUAGAAAGUUCAGUGUUGCUGUUUUUGAAGAGCAGCAAAACCCGAGAAAGAAAUGACUGAAGGUAAUCGCAUGAGGGGAUCAGUCAUGUCACUGAUGAUACAGAAAAAGGCUAAAUCCACUGGAUCACGGCUGCGUUGUGGGACAAAGAGAAGGAGCCUUGAGGCUGCAGUCGAGAAGCUGAGAGCCAAGGUUUCAGAGAAGAGAGUAGAAACUGAACGCAUGAAGAAGCGGCUUAACCAUAUGAAAGCCAAAGUGAAAGAGAUGGAAGUAGAACAAGCCCGAAUGCUCGAAGAGAACAAGCUGGCCAUCGAGGAGAACGUCCACAUCCAACUCUAUGUCGACCACAUGCUGCUUGCCUUCAUAUAUGGUGGAGCCUGAUUAUUGUCUGUAAACCUCAGCCUAGUCUACGUGUUUGUGUCUUUUUGAGUGCAAUUUCCUUUCUUUUGAUCAGUAUGAGUGUCUUUUUGUAUUAGGAGUGGAAGCUUAUUUACG